AGGUAGGCCUUCUCCGAUGAAAAUGGAAACAACAGAACCAAACUGACAGGAAGUAGUCGCUAUUUACACUUCCGCCGUGCGUUUCACCUGUUCCGUUGCAGUUUUUCGGUGUUUUCCGAGCAGGCCAAAGUGUAGCAAUUAUAGAAGUUGUGUUACUACUCAUGUUUUUUUUUCUUUCAUGGUGUUCAAAGAGGGUGUUGAACGGAUUUGUUAAAUUAAUUAGUGAACAGUGAGAUUUUCAUUUCUCUUAGACUGCUUAUGAAGAAAUCAAAGUUAACUUGAUUGAGCUAUCAACAUUAGCAACUGAUUGAGUGUUACUUUAUUCUGGAGGAUUUAUUGUGGUUUUCAGGUUCAAAUAAUUUGAAUAAUUCAAUAUUCCACUGAUCAGAGAGAGUGACGAAGUGAACUCGGGAAAAAAAAACUACUGCGAUAAAGUGAAAUUUAAGGUGCAUUUUUGCUAAUAUCAAUCGUGCAAAAACAUCCCAUCGAGGAACUGAUUCGGAUAUAGCUGCUUUAGUGAUUAUUGUGUAAAGACGGUUGAAAUCAGCGAAAAAUUGCUUCCAGCUGCUGGAGGUGCUUUUUAUCGUCAUCAUUGCUGGUACCGGUUCAGGGGAGAGAUAGAGCGAGCACUCAGCUCUAAAAGGAAGACUUCCUCCGCUGCUUGCGAAAGAUUGCCGGACACAGUCAUUGUGAUCGUGGUUAGCGCGACGGCCAGGUUGUGGCUCAGGCGUGGGCAUCAUACAGUAGGAGGCAGGAAUUACGGUUCUCACCACAGUGCAUAAUCCGGCGUGUCGUCAGUGUAGGCCAGUGCCACCACGAUGUGGGACUCCCAGCUAGUAUGGGCUCGGGACUCCCAGACGGGAUACAUUCAGGGCCGAAUAUCGGAAAUUGGUGCUCACGAGUAUGAAGUCCAACCGGUGGACAGCAAGCAACCGAAGCGAAACUGCAUCCUGGAGGAUAUCUUUCCAUCGUGUGAGGCAGUCUCCGAUCAUGAUGAUAAUUGUGAAUUAAUGUUCCUUAAUGAGGCUACUCUGCUAGAUAACAUCAAAAACCGCUAUUAUAAAGAUAAAAUCUAUACAUUCGUAGCCAACAUCCUCAUAGCAGUCAAUCCGUACAAGGAGAUCCGGGAUCUGUACUCCAAAACCACCAUCAAGAGGUACAAUGGCAGAUCGCUCGGUGAGUUGUCCCCGCAUGUGUACGCCAUCGCCGAUAAAGCGAUUCGCGACAUGCGGGUCCUCAAGGUGUCCCAAUCGAUCAUCGUUUCCGGCGAGUCCGGAGCGGGAAAGACUGAGAGUACCAAAUAUUUGCUAAAGUACCUGUGCGAUGCCGCCUCGGCGGCGGGUCCCAUCGAGCAAAAGAUUCUGGAUGCCAAUCCGAUUCUGGAAGCGUUCGGUAAUGCGAAAACUACGCGGAACAAUAACAGUUCUCGGUUCGGGAAGUUUAUCGAGGUGCACUAUGAUAGCAAGUGUCAAGUUGUGGGCGGUUACAUCUCCCACUAUUUGCUGGAGAAGAGUAGGAUCUGCACGCAGAGCCAGGAGGAGAGAAAUUACCAUGUGUUUUAUUUGCUAUGCGCGGGAGCUCCACAGCAACUGCGGGACAAGUUGAUGAUCGGGAAGCCGGAUGACUAUAGGUAUCUGGCCGGGUGUACGCAGUAUUUUUCAACGACGGUGACAGAUAGGAAAAUUCCCAAUUCGCAAAAGUCGAGGAAUCAUAUGGCGAAGGGUUCGCUGAAGGAUCCGAUUCUGGACGAUUACAACGAUUUCCAUGAUUUGGAUCAAGCUUUGACGAGGUUGGGACUGUCCGAUGGUCAGAAGUUUGAGAUUUAUGGACUAGUAGCGGCUGUGCUGCAUUUGGGAAACAUCAACUUCGAAGAUAAUCCGGAGGACGCCAAGGGAGGUUGCCGGGUUUCACAAAGUUCUGAAAAGGCGCUAGCAAUUACAGCGAGUUUGAUCGGACUGGAUUCUUUCGAGCUGAGGCAAGCGUUAGUUUCCCGAGUGAUGCAGAGCAAAGGUGGAGGUAUCAAGGGAACGGUGAUCAUGGUUCCGCUGAAGAUCUACGAAGCUAACAAUGCCAGGGAUGCGCUGGCGAAGGCCUUGUAUUCAAGGCUUUUCGAUCACAUUGUAUCGCUGAUCAAUCAGAAUAUUCCAUUCCAAGCUUCUAGCUACUACAUUGGUGUGUUGGAUAUUGCUGGAUUCGAAUAUUUCACGGUGAAUUCGUUUGAGCAAUUCUGCAUCAACUACUGCAACGAAAAGCUGCAGAAGUUCUUCAAUGACAACAUUUUGGCUGCCGAACAGGAACUCUACAAAAGAGAAGGACUUAACGUACCGGAAAUCAAAUUUACGGACAAUCAGGACAUUAUAGAACUAAUCGAGUCCAAGGCUAGUGGCAUUUUCAAUCUGCUCGACGAAGAAUCAAAGCUACCGAAGCCUUCGUAUGCGCAUUUCACAGCGGAAGUACACAGCUCUUGGCAAGGUCACUACCGGUUGGCUUUGCCACGUGCUUCCCGCCUAAAGGCUCACCGAAUCUUACGAGAUGACGAAGGUUUCCUGGUACGCCACUUUGCCGGUGCGGUUUGCUACAAUACCAACCAAUUCAUCGAAAAGAACAACGAUGCUCUGCAUGCUUCCCUUGAGGGCCUCGUGCAGGAAUCGGAGAAUCCUCUGCUGAAGCGGCUGUUCUGCAAUGGUAAGGCUCCCACCACCAAGGGUAAGCUGGCUUUCAUCUCCGUUGGUUCCAAAUUCAAAACCCAAUUGGGUGAACUGAUGGACAAGUUGGAAAAGAACGGCACAAAUUUCAUCCGUUGUAUCAAGCCCAACAGUCGCAUGGUUGACCACGAAUUCGAAGGCGGUCUAGCGUUGGCGCAGCUCAAGUGUUCCGGUACCACUUCGGUGCUAGAGUUGAUGGAGUACGGCUACCCCUCGCGAGUACCGUUCAACGAGCUGUACAACAUGUACAAGUCGUUCCUUCCGCCGGAACUGGCCAAGCUUAAUCCACGUACCUUCUGCGAGGCGAUGCUGCAUUCGCUGAAGCUGAACAACAAUGAUUUCAAAUUCGGUAUUACUAGGGUAUUCUUCCGACCGGGCAAGUUUGUCGAAUUCGACCGGAUCAUGAAAUCCGAUCCGGAGAACUUGCGGGCGAUCAUCGCAAAUGUGAAGAAAUGGCUAGUCCGUUCACGCUGGAUCAAGUCCGUGUUCUGUGCAAUCUGUGUGAUCAAAUUGAAAAAUCGCAUCAUCUAUCGGAACAAAUGCGUCCUGAUAAUGCAGAAAACAGUUCGCGGCUAUCUAGCUCGCAAGCAACAUCAACCGCGUAUUAAGGGUAUUGUUAAAAUCAACGCAAUCAAGGCUAACCUCAACAAGAUGCACGAAAUUGCCAACCAACUGAAGGUAGAACGGGAAAAUAUGCUGAACCAGGUGACCGAUGUUCAACGGACGAUUGAAACUGCUGUUUCCAAGAUCAAGAGCAAUCCCAAGAUCUCCGCGGCGCAAAUUGAUGCUUUAUACGGCGAAAUCAUGAAUAAACUCGACACCCAGAUGAAGACUAUACACGUCAAGCUGCAGGAGCAGCGAAACGCGGAAGAACAGGAUCGUUUGCGCAAGAUCCAAGCUGCGUUGGAAGCGGAGCGAAAGGCCAAAGAAGAAGAAGAGCGAAGGGUGCGAGAGGAGGAGGAUAAUCGGAGGAAGAAAGCCGAAAUGGAAGCUAGACGUAAAGAAGAAGAGGCUCGCCGGUUGAGACAGGAAGAGGAAGACCGGAAAGCUGCUCUUGCAUUGCAGGCUCAGUUGGAAAAGGAGGCCCAAGAGGACAUUCAGUAUCGCCAGCAACUGGAGCAAGAACGACGGGAUCAUGAGUUGGCUCUUCGACUAGCGCAGGAAUCCAACGGCCAAGUCGAGGACAGUCCACCCUUGCUGAGAAACGGUACGCCAGAAGUUACGCCUUUGGGUAAUCCGAAUCGAUUGAUCAGAUCUGAAGCAAUCCGUGCCCAGCAGCAACUGAUCGAGAAGCAGAAGCACGAUCUUUCCAAGUGGAAGUACUCGGAGCUGCGCGAUGCUAUCAACACCAGCUGUGACAUCGAACUGUUGGAAGCUUGCCGGCAUGAGUUCCACCGCCGUCUGAAGGUUUACCACGCCUGGAAGGCAAAGAACCGCAAGCGUACUACCAUGGAAGAGAACGAACGGGCCCCGCGUAGCGUCAUGGAAGCUGCUGCUCGAGCCCCACCCAGACUGUCGCAGAAGCAGGAAAUUACCACCGGAUCGGUACACCGCUAUUUCCGCAUCCCAUUUGUGCGGCCAAGCAUCAACCAGGAGGACAAUAACAAACGGGGCUGGUGGUACGCCCACUUCGAUGGGCAGUACGUGGCCCGUCAGAUGGAACUGCACGCGGAUAAGCCACCGAUUUUGCUCGUUGCCGGUGUGGAUGAUAUGCAGAUGUGCGAGCUGAGUCUGGAGGAGACGGGACUGACGCGAAAACGGGGUGCCGAAAUACUCGAGCACGAAUUCAACCGUGAGUGGGAACGGAACGGUGGUAAGCCUUUCAAAAAGGUAGGUAAAUAAAACUGCGGGUGUUUGGAAGAUUUGUUUUGAAAAAUAUUGUAUUUUAAAUUAGUUGAAAAUACCAGAAAGGGCAGCAUGGUUUUAAUAGGUCUACUGUAACAAACCUGUAUGCUUUUGAGUGUCUUGUGUUUCGGUGCCUUUUUGGAAACAAACGAAAAAAAAGAGAGAUAGUAUUUCAUUCAGUUACAUUCCGGGUGGUUUUGAGAAUUGAAUUCCAAUUCGUGUUUGAGUAUUCCACUAUAUUUCAUGCAAUAUUUUUCGUCUUACGUUUUACAUAUACAUAUAACAGUAAUAUCGCAAAAAAAGUCAGCUUUUUAAUAGAAUGAGCUCAGUACGAAUGACUGUUUUAAUUUAUGCUUAACGACAAUUGACUAUUGAAGGAUAAACCUAUGAACAUUAUGCAAAUGGAGGAUAUUUUUACGGACCUAGAGAAAGUGUGUAGCGUUGGGAACAAAACUACGCUGCACUUACCAUCCUAUAUAUUUAUUUGCAAACAAAAGAAAAAAAAUAAAACAGAUUAUAAAAACAUGAACGUUUCGUUAAAAGACAAACAAGCGAAAUUUGCCGUCUAUAAAUAAAGAACUCCUAUAUCCGUUCUAUAUAAUACUUGUUGGUGUCUGAGACCAUUUAUAGUAAGAGUGUUUAACAAAGACUUUUCAUAGUAGAUAAUAAACAAUUAUUUUUACAUAGAUAAUUUUGACCAAAUCGUUUCAAAAACAAAACUACUUUUCAAUGAACAACAAACUUGCAAAUCUUAAUCUAGAUUCUCAUAGCUUCCAAACGACAGCUGUAGUUCCGAACGUAGAGUUAGUUAAACAAAAUUGAACAGACUUAAAUUUAACACUCUACUAACAAUAAAAAGUGCUGAUGUUUUUAUGACAAAA